AUGGGAAGUAUCAAUGAAAAAAAGCAAAUGUUCUUCCUCAUUGCUUUCGUCCUAAUUAGUCCGUCAUUCCAAGAAAGUUUACAACUGGAACAGUCUGUGUUGUUAAAAUUGAAACAACACUGGAGCGAUUCGGAGUUCCUCCAGUCAUGGGAUUUGAAUUCUUCAGACUGCACUUGGUCAGGAGUUUCAUGCAUCGAUGACAGGGUAGUGACACAACUACAUCUUGGAGGAAAAAACAUUACCAGAACAAUUUCAUCGACAAUAUGUAAGCUCAAGAACCUUACCUUCAUUGAUCUCUCCAACAACAAUAUUUCAGGAAUCAUACCAGUAAGCCUGAAAGAAUGCUCAAUAUUACAACAUUUGGACUUGUCCAAUAAUUCUUUGAGCGACCGGAUUCCAGGUGAGUUGUUUGAGAUGAAACAAUUACUCAAUUUAUAUCUUAAUGGUAAUAUGUUGUCUGGUGAGAUGCCAAAAGAAAUAUCAUCAUCCCAGCUGAAAAAUCUUAAUCUCUCUGAGAACUACCUGAACGGUUCGAUACCAGAAGAUAUUGGUAACUUGAAAAAUAUUGUGAAAUUGGACAUGUCACAUAAUUCUUUAAGUGGUUCAAUUACAAAUCAGUUGUUUCAGUUGCAUCAUUUGCGUCUCCUGUCGCUAAGUUCCAACUACUUGUCCGGUGUGAUACCUGAUGAAAUGGACUUGUUUAGUUUAUACGAUAUGGAUCUUUCACAUAACCAAUUGACUGGUUUUAUACCAAAGGGAUUUUGGUAUUUACCUGGACUACAUGCUCUGGAUUUGUCGUAUAAUCAGUUAUCAGGAGAUAUUUCGCAAAGUAUAGAACAUCUUAGGCCUAGAAAUACUUUAAGGCUUUGUUCCAACAAAUUCUCAGGAAGAAUUUCUGCUGAAUUUGUGAAGUUAACAUACGAAGAGAAUUGCUUUGAUGAGUCCAAUCUUUGUUCUACAUCCAACAACUUAUCCAUCCCCAGCCUACCAAGCUGCUCCUCCUCUGAUGAGGUUCGAAAAUCUUCGAGACCAAAACACUUGAUUAUCAUUAUUUCUGUUGUAGGAGUUGGGGUAGCUAUACAGUUAACAUGGAUAUUUUACAUGGUCAGAAAGCAUUGUUGGAAAACAAAGAAGCAGAAUGUCAAAGAUGACAUGAAGUUCAUUUCAUUUCAGAAGUUGAAGGUGACUACAGAAGACAUUUUGUCUAGCUUGAAAGACGAAAACAUAAUAGGAAAUGGAGGAUCAGGGAAGGUCUAUCGAGUUGAUGUAGCUCUCUUCUGCACAAAUAUCUAUUGUUCAAAUGCAUAG